CCUCAUCGCAGCCGUUACGUCAUCAGUGCGCGCCAGCUCAGACUGUGUUUUCCGUAGUGUAAGAGUGUGAGCUCCUGGUUCCGGUUCUGGUGUCGGUGUGUGUGAGUUUGGGGUGAAGUGAGAUGCCGAAGGUCGUGUCCCGGAGUGUGGUGUGUUCAGACACCAGGGACAGAGAGGAGUAUGAUGAUGGAGAGAAACCGCUGCACGUCUAUUAUUGUUUAUGUGGACAGAUGGUGCUGGUGCUGGACUGCCAGCUGGAAAAAUUACCCAUGAGGCCACGUGACAAGGCGCGUGUGAUUGACGCAGCCAAACACGCGCACAAGUUCUGUAACGUGGAGGAGGAUGAGAAUGUGUACCUGAAAAGGGCAGAGGGAAUUGAGCGCCAGUAUCGCAAGAAGUGCAGCAAAUGUGGUCUCCUUCUCUUUACCAGACCAACUGAAAACACUCCUGUGACAUUCAUCGUGUUUGGCGCCGUGGUGAAGUUUGGAGAGGGAUUCGGGAACACGAGUGUGUACAGUCAAAAACAGGAAACACCCAAGAAAGUCCGGGUGAUGAUGACAAAGCGCACCAAAGACAUGGGGAAGUUCAGCUCUGUUACCGUGUCGACCAUCGAUGAGGAAGAGGAGGAGAUCGAGGCGAGGGAGGUGGCUGAUUCUUAUGCAAACGCUAAAGUGAUUGAGAAGCAGCUGGAGAGAAAGGGCAUGAGCAAGAGACGACUACAGGAGCUGGCGGAAUUAGAAGCUAAGAAGGCCAAGAUGAAGGGAACUCUGAUCGACAACCAGUUUAAAUAGUGUGUGUGUGUGUGUGUGUGUGUGUGGGUGUGUGUGGGUGUGUGUGUGUGAGGGUGUGUGUGUGUGUGAGGGUGUGUGUGGGUGUGAGGGUGUGUGUGUGGGUGUGAUGAUUUUUUUUUAAAGAAAUAAAUAUUUUCUUCUUCAUUUGUACUUGUGCACUCACUCUAAAAAACCUCACAAAAAAGCUGAAAUAUUUACUCCAGUUGCCACAUAAUAAUCGAGUUCUAGCUGCUGAAUCAGUUUUGAUAAAAUGCAGUAAAAGAAGAGAAUAAAUGUGCAGUAACAGA